AUGGAGGCUCUAAUGAGACAACUUGCCAUCAGCCAUCCUCCUGGUCGCCGGACAUACGACAUCGCUGCUGCUGUCAAAGUUCGAACCCACCUCACUGCGGAGGAGCUGACCAAAAGGGGGCGACUAGCCUGGCAGAAUCUACGAUACAAGCAUCCGUUGAUGGCAAGCUAUGUGGUCGGCGGAAACUGGGUAUACAAUGUGCCAUAUGGCAAGGAAUUGGGGGCCUGGACCGAGAAAACCUUCCUGUCCGUGGAUUCAACCCCAAAACGGACCGAAGAUGUGCUAAAUAGCUUGGGUCCAGUAGAACUUCCCAUACUGCUUCAUCUCAAAGAUCGCAACGAGUUCAUGUUAAAGCUUUCACACUGUCAUUCAGAUGGCCAUGGGGUUACCAUGUGGUACCAUGAUUUCCUACAUGAGCUAUCGCGUCCUACCAUGAAUAUCAUCCGAUGGGAACCAGGGGAAGAGGUCAAGAACCUGCCACUUGAGACGUGGGAUGCAGCUGCGAUCCCCCGGCUCACACAAUCAUGGGUUGAGAAUCACCGAGGGUUGAUCCCAAAGAAGCAGCCCAAAGCGUCAAAAACCUUAGGCCUAGCAACUGAGCCCGAAACAUCGCAGCGGGAGUCGUAUCAUGGGUUUGAAAGACACCGAUUCUCGGUCAAAGAGACAGAAACCAUCAUUGCCGGAGCGCGCAAUCUAGGCCUCACACUUACUCCAUUUGGCCACGCUGCCAUCGCUCUAGCUGCCAAAGAGCAAGGCAAUCUACCUGAUGGAGUCCAGCAUAACACGUUUCUCGUUUCAAGCCUCCGAGGACAGUGCCAAGGGCCACCUGAAUUGGGUAGUGAUGCAGCUGCAAUGCGCUUUGGACUGUGGCCGAUCCAGAUUGACAUUCACGACUUUCCACAAACGUCUAAAGCAUUGAUGGAAUGCUAUUCUGCAUACAAGAAAAAUAUGACGUCCUACACGCCAAUUAUGACAAACGUCUUGGCCGACAUGGACACCGAUGUCGUGAACGACGUGAUGUCCACGUUUAUCAUCAGUAAUAUGGGGGACUUGUCGCCUUAUAUCCGGGCUUCAUAUGGCGAGAUCGAGCUGGCGGAUUAUUGGGCUAUUACUCUUCCGGCUAAUUCUUCGAUCUUCAUUUCUAUGGAGACCAGGCAAGGUCAACUGGAGUUAAGGGUUUGUUAUAAUGGUUCUUAUUAUGAUUCGUCUCGGAUCAGGUCUUUGUUGAAAUCAGCAUGCAAGAUUCUUUUGGAUGCCUCAACUUGA